AUGAUUGGCAGCCUGUUCUUCAUCUUCAACCGUAUGGUGGAGAUCGUCUUCCUGAUCCCCAUCAUUGGAAUGAUGGUGAGUCCUACCCACGAUCUGAGAUCCUCCCUAGCCUACUUCGUCAACGGCUACCUCGAUGCCAAUAUCCUCACCCCGCCGUACAUUCUGGUCCUUUUCAUCGUCAGCGUAAUCGCUGUGUUCUGGGCCCUAGAUACGCUGAUCCGCUUCUCCUCAACAAAGCGAUCACCCCUCUUCGUCGCCUUCGUCGACCUGUGCUUCAUGGGUGCUUUUAUCGCAGGCGUCUACGAACUGCGUUUCAUCGCGAACGCGAACUGCUCCCACUGGGAUGGCGGCUCGGUCUGGGUCUCGCUUGGCCCAUUCGGCGCAUACGGCGCGCGCAUCGAUAAUGACCUGCACUUGUCUAUCAACAAAACGUGCUCGAUGCUGAAGGCAAAUUUUGCGAUUGGCAUUAUGGAAAUCAUCUUCUUCUCGUGGACGGCCUUCUGGGCGCUUUUCCUGCAUUCGCGGGGCGAGCGCGAGGUUGUUGUGAAAGAGACUGUGCGUCGACGCAGCCAUAGUUCCCGACGGGGCACUCGAGCUCAGGGCAUCAUCGUCACAGGAGCUCGAGUCGCAGUCGUCCACACUAUGUGGUGUAGACGCGCGUUUGUUAAGACGGGGUAG